CUCGCCCACCCACAGAUGGGUGCCGUGCCGGGUUUAGCCCAGCUGGGCGUGCCGGGGGGGCCGUGCCGGCUGCUGUGCGCUCGGGCUGGGGCCGGGGGGGCCGGGCUGGCUCAGGCUGGGGAGUCGCGCGGCUGUGUGAGCAUGUUCAGUGGCGGGGGAGCAGCAGACUGCUAAGGAGCUGGAGCCAUCGCGCCGGCGGCAGCCCCGGAGCCGGGCACACAAUGGGCUGCUGAGCAGCUGCCGCGCGGGUGGCCAGCGAGGGGGGGCGCAGCCCGGCGACGGGGUCCCAGGCCACAUUCCAUCGCCGUGGUGAUCCGGGGCUGCGGUUGCCAGCGCCUGCGAUUGGUGGGAGCAGGGUCCUGCUCUGGCCGCGCUGGGUGCAGGGGGAGCCCGGGACCCGGCCGCCUGACAGCUGAGCAUGGGCGGGCACCGCGGGCAGCCCAGGCCAGGGUGGGCAGCGGGGAGCCCAGGCGCCCGGCCCGGCGCCGGGGCGUGAGGCACUGCCGGGGACAGGGACUGGAGCCACCAUGAGGGCCUGCUCGCAGGGCAGCGCACGGGCCGAGCGGCUCUCCAGCCUCCAGGUCUUCGCCAACAACUCCUCCCUGCACGGCAUCAGCCACAUCUUCCGGCACGGCUCGCUCUCGCUGCGCCGCGUGCUCUGGGCCCUCUUCUUCCUGGGCUCGCUGGGGCUGCUGCUGGUGGUCUGCAUGGAGCGCGUCACCUACUUCUUCUCCUACCCGCACGUCACCAAGCUGGACGAGGUGGCCGCGCCCAACCUGACCUUCCCCGCCAUCACCAUCUGCAACCUCAACGAGUUCCGCUUCUCCCGCAUCACCCGCAACGACCUGUACCACGUGGGCCAGCUGCUGGCCCUGCUCAGCGACCGCUACGAGAUCCGCAGCCCCCACCUGGCCGAGCCCCAGCUGCUGGCCGCCCUGCGGGACAAGGCCAACUUCCGCAACUUCAAAGCCAAGCCCUUCGACAUGGCCGACUUCUACAACCGCACGGGCCACGACAUGGCCGAGAUGCUGCUACAGUGCAGCUUCCGCGGCACCGACUGCACCGCCCAGAACUUCACCGCGAUCUUCACGCGCCUGGGGAAGUGCUACACCUUCAACGCAGGGGUGCCGGGCAACGAGCUCCUCACCACCGUCAAGGGUGGCUCCGGCAACGGGCUGGAGCUCAUGCUGAACAUCCAGCAGGAGGAGUACCUGCCCGUCUGGGGGGAGAGCGACGAGAUCUCCUACGAAGCCGGGGUCAAGGUGCAGAUCCAUAGCCAGGAGGAGCCACCCUUCAUCGACCAGCUGGGCUUCGGCGUGGCGCCCGGCUUCCAGACCUUCGUGUCCUGCCAGCAGCAGAGGCUGGUCUACCUCCCGCCCCCCUGGGGGGACUGCAAAUCCACCCCGAUUGAAUCCGACUUCUUCACCAGCUACAGCAUCACGGCCUGCCGCCUGGACUGCGAGACCCGCUACCUGGCUGAGAACUGCAACUGCCGCAUGGUGCACAUGCCCGGGAACGCCAACGUGUGCACGCCAGAGCAGUACAAGGAGUGCGCCGACCCUGCCCUGGACUUCCUGGUGAAGAAGGACAGCGAGUUCUGCGUGUGCCGCACGCCCUGCGACAUGGUGCGCUACGGCAAGGAGCUCUCCAUGGUCAAGAUCCCCAGCAAGGCCUCGGCCAAGUACCUGGCCAAGAAGUACAACAAGAGCGAGCAGUACAUCUCGGACAAUGUGCUGGUGCUGGACGUUUUCUUUGAAGCCUUGAACUAUGAGACCAUCGAGCAGAAGAAAGCAUAUGAGGUGGCAGGGCUGCUGGGGGACAUCGGGGGCCAGAUGGGGCUGUUCAUCGGGGCCAGCAUCCUCACCAUCCUGGAGAUCUUCGACUACCUGUAUGAGGUGUUUCGGGACAAACUCCUCAGCUUUUACAAGAACAAGAAGAGACCCCAGAGGAGUAACAGCGACAACCUGAGCACCUGUAACACACUGCGGAGCCACUCGGACAGUCUCGGCUACACCCCGAACAUGCUACCUCGGCACCCAGCUCUCGGCAACUUCGAGGAGUUUGCCUGCUGAGGGGGCGGCUGCGCCUUGCAGACCCAGCCCACCGGCCUCUCGCCUCCAGCAAGACCCGAGCUGCUCCGGCCAGGCAGCCGCGGCUUGGCAGUGGAGAGGGCACCAGGGCAGCCCCUGGGAAGGGGACAUCAGCAGUGGUGCAGUCCUGGGUUUGCCCACACUGGGCUCAGUGGGGCCUGGGGCAAGCUGUGGCUCCGUGCAUGGCCCCCGCCCGGGGAACUUAUGCUCUGGUUUCCCCCCUGCCCCGUGGGGGGGGGGAUUGGGAUCCCCAGGGGUCAGCCCCUCUGCAGGCAGGGGGGUGCUGACCCCAGCACUGGAGUGCCCUGGCCUGGCCAGGAUCACGCCAGCUGCCCCAGGGAUGGGAGGCAGCACCUCCGACAAGCCAGGGUGUCUGGCUGCUGCCCAACGUCCCUGCCAAGGCACAGAGAGCGGAGCCAGCUCUCCCCUCCCCAGGGAGCCUCUACCCCAGCACUGAGCUUGGCAUAGCCUCCCGCUGCCUGCAGCCCCUCCCCGGGGCACCGCCCCCAGGGCUCCCCCGCCCUGGGGCACCAGCACCCUCACAACUCACUCAGGACGGCUGACCCCUGGGGCUGGGCAGGGCUUGCACUCCUGGUCUUCCUGGGCCCUGCAACGGCGAGAGGCAGGGGGUGGCCUGGGGCCCCUCUGCUGGGGCACAUGGAGACUGGGAGGCCCCAAGGACUAACCAGGCCCGUUGUGUUGGUGACCCUGUCUGACAGGCCCGCUGGCCACAUAUCUGCAUGAGCUGCUUGAAGCACCCCCCUUGCCCAUCUGUGCCCCCUGCCCUGCUCCCCCACACCUGUGCCCCCCCAGCAUAGAGACAGCUGCAGCUUGCACCUCUCCAGCCUAGCGCGGAUCCUGUGUAUCAUUAAAAACCCGCCUGGUGGUUCCAACUUCCCAUCUCUGCUUGGUCAGUUCCAGGCUGAAAGG